AUGAGAAUGCAGCCUUUGUAUUUUCUCUUCUUUUUGCUGCUCGGCGAAGCGCUGGCUUUCCAGCAAUUCAAGCCCACCAGCCUCCACUCGAACUCCUUCCUGGAUCCCAUUCCCACCAAAGUGCUGAUCCUCUGCAGCGUCGUCCUAAUCACUUGUGUUUGGCUGGGAUGCGCCUACUUCAUGGCCAGUCGUCACCAGAAGGCAGCUCAGUACCUCCAACGCCAGAUCGACGAGCUCUGGCUGCUGCAGGCGAAGCCCUCUGUCUGGCCACAUGCUCCGUUCAUCCCAAAUCCCCGGGAGAACAAUCCGCCGGAGUAUAUUCCCCCGCAGGAUCCGCAGGAGCAGGAACAGGAGGACACUGAGGAGCAGAAACAGGAGGCCGAGAGAGCCAAGGUGGUCCUGGAAGCCAGAAACAACGAAUAGUAGGGAGCAAAAUAAAAAGUUCUGAUUAAUGACAUCUUCCUCAACAUUUUGAAUUGUGUAUUUCUUUAAUACAAGUUAUUUUCCAUGUAUCUUUAUACUAGAUCUGUGAACCCAGUAAGCCAGUAAUAAAUAAAUAUCAUUUAAUAAAAACGUUCCAAAUCUGUAAAGUGAA